CUUAUGAACAAAAUAUUGAUACAGUAAAGUACCUAUUGCCCGUUUCUGGUAGACAUGGCGGAAGAACUUCAGAAGGCACAUUUAUACUAUGACGAUAUUAACAAGAUAAGGAUUUUAGAGCCGAGUAUCCUAAAGGAAACAGAGGACCUGCGAGAUACCUGCAAAGACUAUGAAACGAAAGCGGAUGAUUUCGGCAGAAUAAUCAGUGAUCUACUAGCCGUGUUGAAGGAGCUGGGCGACAACGUGGAGACGCAGAAGAUGGCCGCCAUCGGCACCACCAACCUGCUCAAGUCUAUCACUAAGGAGCGGGAAUUCGAACAAGCCAAGUUGCAGACUGCCAUAAACGAGAAGACGAUGAUACUCGAACAGCUGGACAGCGAGUACGACGCGCUGCAGAUCCUGGAGGCCUCGCAGACCGAGACCAUCGACUAUCUGACGCAGCUGCGGUAGACAACAGGCCUACAUAUUGGCAUGGUUGGCAUAACCUAUAAAAGUGUUGGGU